AUGGUAUUAAUAUUCACAUCGGCGCUGGAGAGAAGCUCGGUCUCUGCGGCAGAACAGGAAGCUAACCACAUCCUCGCCCUCCGUCUCCCUCACCCAGCGGCAAAAAGCACUUUAGCCGUCUCCCUCCUCCGCCUGCACGAAAUCGCGUCUGGCCAAAUCCUCAUCGACGGCCACGAUAUCGCGCAAAAGUCCCGCUCCUCAAACGCCGAUCCGCUUAAUCAGACGUGCAACGCGCAAAUCAUUGACGCACUGCGAUCAGUCGGGGUCUGGGGUUCGUUGGUGAACGGGUCCAGCGGCGUAGACGCCAAGCAAGCCACAGAGGAAGAAUGUCUUGUUUCAACACUGGACAAGAAUGUUCUAUCGCAGGGCCAGAAACAACUGUUUUGUUUGGCGAGGGCGUUGUUGAAAAAGAGUAAGAUUUUGAUUCUGGAUGAGCCGACGAGCAGCGCAAGGAGGACCAAGAGGCGUGGAGAAGAGUGGAAACUAAUUCGAAUCUCUUUAUCCUAUAGUUUGGACCAUGAGUCGGACGCCAAAGUACAGAGGAUCAUCCGCGAAUCUUUCCAGGUUUGUACUGUGAUCAUGGUAGCUCAUCGAAUCCACAGUCUGUUGGAUUUCGAUCAAGUUGCCGUCUUGAAUAGCGGUCGACUUGUCGAAGUUGGGCAUCCUCAGCAACUGGUAAAUCGAUCAGGUAGUGAGUUUGCGAAAUCGUUGAGCUUGGAGUCUUGA